CCUCACAGAGAGCAGCGAGUGUAGAUAUUGUAAAAGUCUCAUUUAGUUUUUGAGUCUCACAAAAUUAACUCGUUUUUCUUUGUUCUGUUUUCUUCUGAAUUUAUAUCUCUAUAUAUAUAUAUAUAUAUAUCAAAAUAUAUAUUUUUAAAAAUCAAAAUUACGAAGAAAAAAAACAACAGCACACGCCAACGUUAGUUAUUUUCCGAUAUAUACGUCUAUGUAUAUAUAUAGGCCCAAUUCAGUACGUACGUGCGUGUGAGUGUGUGUGUAUGUGAGCGUGUAUAUUCGUGUUUUCGAAAUUCGAAAUUGAGACCAGCUUUUGUGCGGACGCGUGCGAUCGAGUUGACAACAAUUUUGCAGUAGCAAUCCAAUCGGAAGUCGUCGUCGCCAUCAGAGCAGCCAAUAUGAGCAUCCAGGAGAAGGACAAGAGCAUCAUUUGCCACAAGUGCAACGAGACAAUCACCAAGCGCGUGAUCACCGCAUUGGGCAAGACAUGGCAUCCGGAGCAUUUCCUGUGCCGUCACUGCGACAAGCAGAUCGAGGACGCCACAUUCAAUAUUCAGGAUGGUGAGCCCGUGUGCAGCGAUUGCUUUGUCGAGCGCUAUACGAGCACCUGUGCCGCCUGCAAGAAGCCCAUCCUGGAGCGGACCAUAUGCGCGAUGGGCGAGAAUUGGCACGAGUGCUGCUUUGUGUGCGACGGCGCUUGCAAGAAACCGUUAUCGAAUCGUCCAUUCUACGAGCGCGACGGCAAGGCCUACUGCAAGCAGGACUACGAGGACAUGUUUGCGGUGCGCUGCGCCAAGUGCGAGAAGCCGAUCACAGACAGCGCCAUUGUGGCCAUGAAUGCCAAAUGGCAUCGUGAUUGCUUCCGCUGCAACCGCUGCGAGAACCCAAUCACCUCACAGACCUUCACCAUCGAUGGAGACAAGCCCGUUUGCCCCGCCUGCACCUGCUAGGAUGGUAGCGAAAUGCCACAGACACAGACAUUCCACCGAGAAUAUAUCGUACAGUACCCUGGACCCUAUCGGAACUGAUUAACCAACCAACCACACAAUCAACAUUUAUCCACAACUAUCUACAUCUAUCUACCCUUAUCUACUUACAUAUACAUAGGCAAGAAACGGAAAAGAAAAAUCACAAAUAAUCGAAACAAAAAACACUUAGCAAAAUAGACCAGACAAAAAAAAAAAAUUAAGAUACGGACGAAAAUUAUGCAUUUAUGAAUAUUACCGAUCCAUUGGAAUUUCAUACAUUUAUAGUUUUAA